UAGACGAAACAACAAAAAUGGAGUUGUAAUGUUAGCAAGAUAGCUGGCUAAGCACGUUUAACAAUAGUUCAGCUAGGUUAACCUAUUUCAAAACAUUCAGUGUUUUGGGGGACGAUAUUGAAUCCCCAUCUAGGUAACGUAAGGUAGCAAGAAUAUUCGUCGAACUGGUUUCUUGGCAACGACAAGGCACAGUAGACUAUUUAGCAUUAGCCGCCGUCCUCCAGUCUGGUCGAGUGCACAGAGAGCUCCACACCACUGAAACUGAUAAAACAAUGGAAAAGGCAGAUUUUCUGAAAGGUCUCCCUGUCUACGACGAAAACAACUUCAGCAGAUUCCAUGCUGAUUCUGUAUGUAAAGCAUCAAAUCGUCGACCUUCUGUGUAUCUUCCUACUCGAGAUUACCCCUCAGAACAAAUCAUAGUAACAGAAAAGACAAAUAUCUUACUGAGAUAUCUUCAUCAGCAGUGGGAUAAAAAGAAUGCAGCUAAAAAGCGGGAGCAGGAACAAACUGAUGGGGAAAAUGCCACGCCUCCACGAAAAAUUGCCAGAACGGACAGCCGAGAGUUGGAUGAGAACUCAUAGUGCCAUGUUGUUGACAGUCAGCAAAGAGAGACACAGUCAUCCUCACACUCAUGCUCUGACCCAUUCAUUCAUUUACUCAAAAGCAGAUGCAAGAUAUGUUUGCAAACUGAAGCCUUGACACUUAAGCAAACAAGGGGGGAUGUGUUGACAGGAUAAACCACUGCCAGCAUAAUUUGGAAGCAGACAAGUUUCUCUUUGUUUUCUGAUGACUUUGUUUUUAUUUGUACCUUUUCUUGUUUUCCCUCAUUUAAGAGGAAUUGCUGAAUCUUUUUUUGGAUUUUUUCCCCCCUUUUCUCCAAAUUGUAUCUGGCCAAUUACCCCACUCUUCCGAGCUGUCCCGGUCGCUGCUCCACCCCUCUGUCAAUCCGGGUAGGGCUGCAGACUACCACAUGUCUCCUCUGAUACGUGGAGUCGCCAGCCGCUUCUUUUCCCCUUUACAGCGAAGAGUUUCACCGGGGUGACGUAGCACGUGGGAGGAUCACGCUAUUCCCCCCAGUCCCCCCCCCCCGGUCAGGUGCCCCGACCGACCAGAGGUGCUAGUGCAGCAACCAGGACACAUACCUGCAUCCGGCUUCCCACCUGCAGACACGGCCAAUUGUGUCUGUAGGGAUGCCCGACCAAGCCGAAGGUAACACGAGGAUUCAAUCUGGCGAGCCCCAUGUUGGUAGAGAAUUGCUGAAUCUUUGAAAUAACUACUACUUUCUUUUUGAAUUUUUUUUCUUGCUCUCUUUUCCAUUACUCCGAUAUGCACAUGCUUCAUCUUUGCAAGUUUUUUUUCCCCCUUAAACAUUUUUGA